GGAUAUCACCCCACCACUAAAGGGUAUAAAUGCUAUGAACCCGUGUCUCAAAAAGUUUAUGUCUCUCGUCAUGUUCGGUUCGUCGAGGAUCAGUUUCCAUAUCCCAAAUUGUCAUCCCUCCCGUCACCCUCUCUUAUAACCCCUAUUUUUCCUCCAAGCCUAGGCUCACAUGCUCAUUUCCCACUGACGGUCCAACCCCAGACCCGUCCCACCAGUCACGAACGACAGCCCGACACCCUCCUUAUGGACACGCCACAGACGGUCCAACCCCAGAACCGUACCCCAACCCACCCUCGACCGUCACCUACGCCUCUCCAAAACACACAACCGGUUAACCGACCCCCGCCCCAAAACACACACACCAUGCAAACCCGAGCCAAAUCUGGAAUUUUCAAAUCUAAAGCCUAUACCAUUACCACCCUUGUUACUACCCCACCUACCACUGAGCCUAGCACUUACCGCCAAGCCUCUGGUAAUAGUUUUUGGUGUCAGGCUAUGGAUGAGGAGUUUAUUGCUUUGAAUGAGCAACGUACAUGGGACUUGGUUCCACCACCCAAGAACCGCACUCCGAUUGGUUGCAAAUGGGUAAAAAGCCUUAUUAGUGUAGCUAUGGAUGAUGUGCCUGAAAAGACGAGGAAAAGUCAUCAAGUUUAUCUUCCUGCUGGUUUACUCGUAACCAAAAUAAUGGUAGUCUUGUCGGCGCUUCAUCAGAUCCAUGGCGGUGCAGCCUCAUCAAUAAUACACUUUAACUACACAAAGUUUCCUGAGAUGAUGAGCUAUGAAGAAGACUUGAAGUUUGAUGGAGAUGUAUUCCAUGACCAGAAUAUGCUCCUCCAACUCACCCGAUAUAGGAAAGACAACUUCACAACUCACUUCACCUUCGCCAUUGAUUCACCGGACCCGAACCACCACGGAGAUGGCGUCACCUUCUUUCUGGCCCACCCCAACUUUUCGCUCCCGGUCCCACCAGACGGCUCUGGGAUCGGUCUGGUGGGCCGGAAACAGGUAGCGGAUAACCCGAAUUACACUCGAGAGCACCCGUUUGUGGCAGUGGAGUUCGACACGUUCCCGAACGAGGACGAUCCGCCUUACGAUCACGUCGGGGUCGACGUGAACGCAAUGUGGACCCCGUACACGACCGAGUGGUACAGCGUCAAAGAUGGGAGGAAGAUCUGCGUCGAGAUCACAUACAAUUCUAGCUUCUAUCAGUUGAAUGUGGUGUUUGAUGAGUACAAAGAUGGGAAUGAGAUCAAGCAAAGCUAUUCCCAUGGAAUUAAUUUGAAGGAGGUCUUGCCAGAUAAGGUCCAGUUUGGGUUGUCUUCUGCAACUGGACUUCUUUGGGAGAACCAUACACUGUGCUCUUGGUCAUUUGAUUCAAAUCUUAGAUUAUAGGGUAUUUGAAACAAGACAAAGCUAAUCCAAUUUGAAGAAGCAAAAUUAAGAAGGACUUGCUUUUGAAAGAAGCAUUAUUAUUGGAUUGCACAAAAUAAUUAAGCAUUCUCAUAGAGUGAAAUAAAACUUCAUAAAUAUUUUGUGAAGUGGUUUAAGAAACUUUAUGUUACCUA